GUAAGUAAGUAGGUAGGUAAGUCGUAGGAGAAGUCGAAUGGCCGAACACACACACACACACAACAACGUCGAAGAAACAAAAGCCGACGAUGAUCGAAUCGUGCUGGCUGCACCUAUAUCGUCAAGCGCAAGUCUCCACAACAACCGCGACUUCCUCCUCUUCUUUCCCUGGUCCCCUUCUUUCCUAGAUUCGUGAAACCCGCCCUUCUCUUUCCGCC